GCAAGAGAACCGACGCCGACGCCUAGCGUCGGUUCUCGCCCUGGGAGCCGCCACGACGCCGGGUUGCCAUCAGUGUGCCGCGCAUCGUCGGACGUGCAUUGUGUCGGUCGUGUUGUGCUCGUGAGUGAGCAGUCGAGACAUGUGAUUCGAGUCAUAAUCGCAAAAAAGGAUGAAGUAGAAAAUGAUAAGGAGAUAUCUCACAGUCGUAGACGGCCUAAAGUGGUUUGCGACAUUUGAAAAGACAUUCCGGAAAUCAAACACGACCAAACAUUUCCUGCGAAGAACGUCAAGUCGGAAAGAAAUCGUGCACAAACUUUUACGAACGUUUGUAUUUAAAUGUGGAAAAUUUACGGUAAAAAAGUGCCUGAUAUAAUUGUAAUACGAAUCAAUAUAAUUUGUGUUUCAUUAUAAGUGAAAUAUAAAAACUUUACAAAGUCGUAGCAGGAUUCGAUAUUAAUCCAUGAAGAAGGACAUAAUAACCGAGAAAAUUGUAAAAGAUAAUUAAUAUAAGACAAAAGAUCCGAGUGAGGCGGGGGGGGGGAGUGAUUAAGCUUAAGGAAGGGAGAGAUAGUAGUGGCUGCUUGUAACUUGAAAGAAUGGCGGAAAACUCUUUUCGCCGGAAAACCAGAUCGGCUUCGAUUUGUGCCCCAGGAUUUUCCAGCAUGGAACAAAUGUUGGAAGCUAUGCCACCCUCGGGAGCUCGUGAGAAAGAAAGAGGAGAACGAGAAAGAGAUAGUGGGAGCGGAACGCCGGAUGGCAGUACACCUACGAGGAGACGGAGACCGGCUACAAGAUCCCAGAGCGCCCGUGUUUCCGGCGGAAAUAAAAGCAUCCGACGCCGAGCCGCUGCUCAAGCGGCCGCUCAUCAUCAUCAUCAUCAUCAUGAGGGAGCCAGUAUGAAGUCAGCUCAUUGCAGCAGCGAACCCAGACUGACUGAGAAUGACGUCAGUCCGGGGAUCAGGAGACGAGGGAGUCGAAGGGGACAAAGCAUGCACUAUUCGCAUCAGAGGAAGAGCAACGCCUUCCUGGAUGUGCCUGACGUCUCUUCUCAGAUACCACCACGGGAGGAAGGCGAGGAUGAGGAUAGUUACAGACUUCGUAGCUUCAGUCUCACCAGCAAAGGUGUUGUCAAUAGAGGAGAUUCCUUUAGAAGAAGAAGAUCGAGAUCGAAUUCUUUAGCGCCUGCCGAUCAGCAAAAUGAGGAACGGCGAUUGCCGCCCAAGGAAGUAGCUUCACAUAAUGUUGCUAUGUUAGGUACAAGAGGAGUUGGAAAAACUGCCCUAAUCAGUCAGUUUAUGACCAGCGAGUGUAUAAACGCCUACGAUAGACAGAGAGAUGUACCAAGUGAGCAAUCCGUUUUCGUGAUGCUGAAUGGUGAAGAAAGCGAGCUUAAAUUCUUAAACAUCAUUAAUCUUAAAAUCGAAUUGGAAAAAAUGCCAUUGCCAGACGCCUUUGUCGUAAUGUAUUCAGUAAUCGACAAGGCGUCCUUUCAAAGGGCUGAAGAAUAUCUCGCUCGACUUCAUGAUCAAGAUCUUCUUCGUGGUAGACCGGCUAUUCUGGUCGGGAACAAGGUCGAUUUGGUUCGUUCCAGAGUGGUUUCGCCCCAAGAUGGGAAAUGCUUGGCAUGUACCUACCGUGCAAAGUUCAUUGAAGUAUCGGUGGGCAUCAAUCACAAUGUCGACGAGCUCCUUGUUGGAAUACUCAACCAGAUCCGUUUAAAGGUGGUCCAAAGUAACCAAGAGAAUCGAAACAGCGGUGGCAGUGAGGGUAGUGCUCAUUGGUACAAAUCUAGAGGCGUUGUACGCGCCAGUAUGAAAGCCAGACAGAUGCUGACUUGGCUUUUCGGCAAAGAAGAUAGCAAAUUUAAGAAUUGCGAGAACCUCCACGUACUUUAAGUCACUGCGAAAAAGAUUGCAAUCGAGCUGCUCGACUACUGUUUUAUUAGUCACGUAAGUAUGGCAUGAUUUGAGAAACUUCUUUCUCGACAGGAACUUUAUUAGAAUUCCAGAAUUGAAGGAAUUUCCGUUGGGAAAGGAUUGAAAAUGUAGUGAAUGUGCUGAAUGGAUGCAUCUUCGAGUCAACAAUAUGUAUGUACCUUAAUGUUUAGAAUUGAACGUCAAGUCGCUACUGAUAAUGUUUGUGAGAAUAUUUUGUAAUCCUAGAACGAGCGAGUUGGUCCGUGGACCAAUGGAUACUAUUAGCAUCGGGUUAACAAAGUGCCAAUUAGUGAAAAUUGAUGCGCACUGAGUUUAGGGAGAAAAUCUCUCGAUUCCAUACUUGUUUAACUAGAAUUACCUUCUGAGAAAUGUGAGUAAUUAAUCCUUUUAGUCCCAGGUGUGACUGAGCGCUGCUUCUCUAAAAUAAUUUUUAC